GGUCCAGUCCUCUCCUGCCCGCGCAGCGCCAUGGUCGCCCACGCUCUCCUCGCCGUCGCAGUGUUGGCAGGUCUGCGGGGCACCGGCGGCGCGCCCUUCCUGGGAGGCAGCUUCGACCAGGGGCGCUCCGACCGCCUCUCGCGCCAGAACCAGCAGCCGUCAGAGCUGGCCCAGCUGCCGCCCAGCCUCGGCAGCCUGGACUUCGGCGACCAGGCGCCCGCGAACCAGGGGUUCGGAAACCAGGGCUUCGGCAGUCAAGGAUUCGGCAACCCGGGCCAAGGAAACCAGGGGUUCGGAAACCAGGGCUUGGGCAAUCAAGGAUUCGGAAACCCGGGUCUAGGAAACCAGGGGUUCGGCAAUCAAGGAUUCGGAAACCAGGGCCAAGGAAACCAGGGCUUGGGCAAUCAAGGAUUCGGAAACCAGGGCCAAGGAAACCAGGGGUUCGGCAAUCAAGGAUUCGGCAACCAGGGUCAAGGAAACCAGGGCUUGGGCAAUCAAGGAUUCGGCAACCAGGGCCAAGGAAACCAGGGCUUGGGCAAUCAAGGAUUCGGCAACCAGGGUCAAGGAAACCAGGGCUUGGGCAAUCAAGGAUUCGGCAACCAGGGUCAAGGGAACCAGGGAUUCGGCAACCCGGGUCAAGGAAACCAGGGGUUCGGAAACCAGGGCCAAGAAAAUCAGGGUUUCGGCGGGGACGAUGACGACGACGAUGUGUUCGUGUUCGACCGUCCGACCCCCAGCCGACCGAGGCCCACCCAGCAGCCGAGGCCCACCCAGGCUAGGCCCACGCCACCCAGGACGACCGCCCCCACGACCCAGGCGCCCGGCGAAACCUCGACGGCCAACGCGUGCGUCAGCAGCUGCCUCACGACGGGCGAGUUCAACCCCGUGUGCGGCUCUGACCGGGUCACCUACACCAACCCGGGCAAGCUGAACUGCGCCGCCAGCUGCGGGCGAUCUGUGAACCUGUCGCACUACGGGACGUGCAUCACGACAACCACGGCGCCACCGACGACCUCCAGUCGGAGGAGCGUGCCGCGAGGCUGAGGAGAAGCCACCAACACGCCACCAACAGGUCACCAACAGACCACCAACAGGCCACCAACAGGCCACCAACAGGCCACCAACAGACCACCAACAAGCCACCAAGAGACCACCUACAGGCUACCAAGAGACCACCAACAGACCACCAACAGGCCAUCAACAGACCACCAACAGGCCACCAACAUAACACCAACAGGCCACCAAGAGACCACCAACAAGCCACCAACAGGCCACCAACAGGCUACCAAGAGACCACCAACAGGCCACCAAGAGACCACCAACAGGCCACCAACAGGCCACCAACAGGCCACCAACAGACCACCAACAGGCCACCAACAGGCCACCAACAGACCACCAACAGGCCACCAACAGGCCACCAACAGGCCACCAACAGGCCACCAACAGGCCACCAACAGGCCAUCAACAGGCCACCAAGAGACCACCAACAGACCACCAACAGGCGACCAACAGGCCACCUACAGACCACCAACAGGCGACCAACAGGCCACCAAGAGGUCGCGACCGCACCACUUCACCGUUACCGCGGCGACACGAUACUCUUGCAGACGGACGCAGCCGCGAAGUACAAACAAGUAUAGCAACAGCAACCUUUUACCGUUGUUGCUAUAGAUUCCUGCCUGUGGAACACACCUGCUAUUUUAUUUUUUACAAUUUAUUGUUUGCGAACGAUGCAGAAUAUUUUACGGCAGGUUCCGAACCAAAUAGUUUGUUUCUUUAUUGUUUAACAUUAUAAAAUUACAUACGCUUAGUGUUAAAUUAAUAAAUAGACCAUCAGUCCAAAAAUUUGCAGAUAUGUACUUAAUUUAAAAUCGUUUGUGCUCGUUUCGAGGAAGAAUAAACAAGUGCAAGUAAUGCUAAUGUUUAUGCACCAAACGCAUGUCAUACUAUUGAAAAUCUUCCUUUUUCAAUACCCAUGGUGCCGAUACUAGGUUAUAAAUAAACUUACAUUCGCUCACACAAUGUUGUAAGUCCAUUAUAAACUACCUUUAACGAAUAAAUGAUAUAUACUGCAUCCAUACAUAAAAAAGAAGCUCUAUUGGAUAGGCAGGAAAUUUUUUGAACGCAUUUUACUAUUUCACAACAACUGAAAUUUUUGGUAACUCAUAACAUGUUGCUACUGCUACUUUCGCAUACUUGUUUGAAUGUAUGUAUAAUGAGGAGGAAUUUGUUAUUUCCAAAAAAAAACAUUUAAUAAUCAGUGCGUGAUUGUCCAACCUAAAUUUAUUAAAUUUUUGGAAUAUUUAUUUCUACUUCUCGAGGGGAAAAAUACCAAAGUAUGAAUGAAAAUUAGGAUAGAAUGGUGAAAGAAUUAUGUUGGAAUAAUACAGUAUUGUAUCUCUAAAUCAGCAAAGUUUCAACAAGGUUUUCGCUCAUUUACUUUAUUUAUGAUCUAUUUUUAGUGCAUUGGACUCAUGCAACACAAAAUAAUUCAUAUGCAUUUAAGAUACUUAAUGUAUUUUCCCUGGACUUUGUAAUGUUUCUACUAUGUUUUGCAAAAACUGUAAUGACCGAAACAUAUGUUUUGUAUGAAUUUAAGGGUAAAUUAAUUUUAGGAACCUCAUAAAAUUUAGUUAUGUUUGAAUGUACAAUUUUUAUUUAUUUUACUCACUGAUUUUAUAAAAUUAUAGUUAAGGGCUCAUAUCUAAAGGAGUUGUUUGUUUUGAAUAUAUAUAUAUAAAUUAUUAUGUACACAUAUAUUUUUAUUUAGCUCACAUUCCUGAAACUCGUGUUUUUUUUACCUUAUCCCAGCAUUUUUUGUAUUUGUUUUUAGACAAUAAAUUAUUAGUUUUAUAAAAAA